CCCUCAAAAAUGUGAACACAAUCUUUUUCUUUUUGACUAUUGACUAUUGAGAAGCAAGAAAAGAAGAGGAAGUUUCCAUGUAAUUAUUAUUGUUGACUCUAGGUUGUAGCUUUUUCUUCUAUACGCUGCAACAACUUAAUAAGUUGCAUUUUCUUCUAUAAGUUGCAAUAACUUAGUAAUUCUUGUAGUCUUACUAUUAUUGAGUAUCAAUCAUUAGGCAGUAAUAAAAAAGUAGUGGACACAAUCAAUUCACCAUCCAAAAAGUAGUUGAAAUAACUUUCUAUAAUAACUCUUGUGAACCUGCAUUUCCUUCUUCUACGUUGCAUUUUCUGAAUCCAAUCUUACUAUCUUACUUUGCUGAACUAAGUCAUGGCGGCUAUUGUUGGAGGAGCACUUCUUGCAGCUGCGAUGGAGAUGUUGGUGAAAAAGAUUGUUUCUCGUGAAUUUGUUGCUUUAUUACGGAGGACUGAGCGUGACGAUGAGUUGUUGGAAAAGCUGAAGAUAACACUGCUGAGUCUUCAAUCUGUACUUUAUGAUGCUGAGGACAAACAGAUCACUAAUCCUGCAGUCAAGGAGUGGCUGAACAGGCUGCAAGAUGCUGUCUUUCAAGUUGACGAUUUGUUUGACGAAAUCAACACCGAGGCUUUAAGGCACCAAGUGGAAGCUGGCCAGGUUCUUAAAAAACUUUCUUCUCCUUUUAAAAGGUUCAAUAAAAAGAUCAAUUCUAAACUGACAAAGUUAUUUAAAAAACUAGAACAAUUGAGAGACCAAAAUCUUGGAUUGAGAGGUGAUUCCAACUGUGUUUGGAAUGUAACUCCUACAAGUUCGGUUUUGGGAGAUGAAUCUGCUAUUUAUGGCAGAGAUGAUGACAAAAAUAAACUUAAAGAGCUUUUGCUGUCAGAGGAUGGUUGUGAUAGUGAAAAUAAAAUAGGAGUGAUUUCCAUUGUGGGUAUGGGAGGGUUAGGAAAAUCAACAUUAGCUAAACUCCUUUACAAUGACACAGUAGUGAAGGAUACAUUUAAGGUGAGAGGAUGGUCACAUAUUCCAAAAGUUAUGGAUGUUGUCACUGUCACUAAAACCAUUCUUGAAUCUGUCACUGCAGAAACAAUUGCUGAGACUAACUUUGUUAAACUCCAAGAAAAAUUGCAGCAAACUUUAAGUGGCAAAAUGUUCUUGUUAGUAUUGGAUGAUAUGUCGCAUGAAAACUAUGUUGAUUGGAAUAGUCUAAGUGAUAUCUUUAAUGUUGGGCAAAUAGGAAGUAAGGUCAUCAUCACAGGUCGAGAUGAAAGAGUUGCACUACCCACUUUAAAAUCUCUCUAUGUCCACCGUUUAAGCUCUUUGGAAACUGAAGAUUCCUGGUCUUUAUUAGCCAGACAUGCAUUUGUAGAAAGAAACUACCAACAAUACCCUGAUCUAGAAGAAAUUGGUAGAGAAAUUGCAAAAAAAUGUGGCGGUUUACCAUUAGCUGCAAUAGCACUUGGGGGUAUUCUCCGGUUCAUGUCACCCGAUCGUUGGAGUGAUGUGUUAAACAAUAGUAUCUGGGAACAGACAAAUGAUGCGGUGCAGCCAGCUCUCCUAUUGAGCUAUCGUUAUCUUCCAACUUCUUUAAAAGGAUGCUUUGCUUAUUGUUCAAUUUUUCCAAAGAAUUCAAUCUUAGUGAAAAGGAUGGUGGUUCAGUUGUGGAUUGCAGAAGACUUAAUACCUCAGCAGAAUAGUGAGAAAAGUUGGGAAAAAGUAGCUGAAGAAUACUUUGAUGAACUAGUUUCGAGGUCUCUUAUACUUCAACGGUCCAUUGAUGAUAAGUCAAAAGAGUUCACUGGUGAUGAAACAGCAUGCUUUGAAAUGCACGACCUCAUCAAUGAUUUGGCUAUGACAGUUUCAUCUCCAUUUUGCUCUAGGUUGGACAAACAUAAGCCAGAUGAAAGAGUAGAUGAAAGGGUGCGUCACUUGUCAUAUGAUAGAUUAGAAUAUAACUCAUCCGAUAAAUUUGAUCUAUUGCAUGGGUUAAAAGGUCUACGAACUUUUCUACCUAUGCCAUUGCAAGUUUCAUGGGAGUAUUCUAAUUCCGUGUUGUCGAAAUUAUUUUCUGACUUGUUGUCGAACAUGACUCAAUUACACGUGUUGUCACUUUCUCACUUUGAAAAUUUCACUGAAUUGCCCAUCUCUAUUGGAAAAUUGAUCUAUCUGCGAUACUUGAAUCUCUCUAGCACUCGAAUUAAAAGAUUGCCUUCAGAAACAUGCAAGCUUUACAAUUUGCAGACGUUGUUGUUGUCAAGAUGCAAGGAACUCACUGAAUUGCCAAAGGACAUGGGGAAAUUGGUGAAACUACGCCACCUUGACAUCAGCGGCACUAAAUUGAAGAGAAUGCCGGCACAAAUGUCCAAAUUAAAAAAUCUACAUACAUUGUCUGACUUUAUUGUGAGUAGCGUUAAGGACUUUGGAUUGAAGAUUGGAGAUCUUGGAAAAUAUCCCUAUCUACGAGGAAGCCUUUCCAUCUCACAACUUGAAAAUGUAAUUGACUCAUCCCAUGCUUUUGAAGCAAACUUGGAGAUGAAAAAAGAAAUUGAUGAGUUGGAACUAGGAUGGUCUUACACUGCUCCUUCAAACUCACAAAUACAAGUACUCGAACGGCUGCGUCCGUCAAAAAAUUUGAAGAGUUUGACCAUCUCUGGAUAUGGUGGAGACAAAUUAUCAAAUUGGGUGGGAGAUCCUUUAUUUGUAAACAUGGUGUGUUUGAAGAUCACAUGGUGUAAUAAAAUUUCAGUACUGCCAUCCCUGGGGAAACUAAGUAAUCUUAAAGAACUCUCAUUUGUAGGGAUGCAAUCAGUAAAGAGUGUCGAUACCAUGUUCUAUGGAAGUGGUUAUUCUUCAUUUCAACCAUUUAUCUCUUUAGAGACUCUAAGUUUUGAAGAUAUGGCAGAGUGGGAGGAAUGGAAAUUGAUUGGAGGUACAUCUAUAGAGUUUCCUAGUCUUAUACGUUUGUCUCUAAGUCGAUGUCCAAAACUGAAAGAAAACAUACCCGGCAACCUUCCUAAGCUUGAAAGUUUGUCACUUGAAAAUUGUCCCGAACUUAUAGGGAUGACACCCAACAAUCUUCCAUCUCUUGCCGUCCUUAGGUUAGAGGAUUGUCCCUUAUUGACGGGGUCAACACAUUCUAUUACAAACCCACCAUCAGACGUAAGCCAAUUGGUGAAUUGUCUCAAUUCUCUUCAAAAGUUGACCUUAUACAGAAUUCCAUCUCUAACAUCCUUUCCGAUAGACGGUCUUCCCAAAACCUUACGAUCUCUCUAUAUUGAUUAUUGUGAGAAUCUGGAGUUCUUUUCACAUAAAUCUUUUCACAAUUACUCAUUACUCGAGUAUUUGAAUAUAUCCAGUAGUUGUAAUUCAAUGACAUCAUUUAUCUUGGGCUCUCUCCCUGUCCUCAAAAGUCUAUAUAUUUACGGAUGUGAACAUUUAAAAUCCAUAUCCAUAGCAGAAGAUGCAUCGGAACAAAAUCUAGUGUUUCUUAGAACCAUCAUAAUAGAGAGUUGUAAUGAACUAGAGUCGGUUUCCUUAACUGGAUUGCCCAUUCCUAACCUCACUGAUUUAAGAGUGGAUUGGUGUGAGAAGUUAAGUUCUCUAUCUGAAUCUAUAAAGAAUCUAACUAGCCUUCAAGAAAUGACAAUUACUGGCCUUCCAAAUCUGCAAUCUUUUCCCAUAGAUGAUAUACCUAUCAAUUUGCGGGGACUGUCGGUCGGCAAAGUUGGAGGGAUUUUGUGGAAUUCAACUUGGGAACAUCUCACUUCUCUUUCAAAGCUGGAUAUUGAGGGAGAUGAUAUUGUGAAGGGGCUGAUGAAAAGGAAAGUUCCGUUUCUACCCACUAAUCUUGUUUCCUUAGGGAUCUUUCGUCUUGAAGAUAUAGAAUGCUUGGAUGGGAAGUGGCUUCAACAUCUCUCCACUCUCCAUAAACUUGAGAUUUGUAACUCACCCAAUCUCAAGUCAUUGCCAGAAAAGGGGGAAUUGCCUUCCUCUCUUAAAGAACUAUAUAUCAAUUUUUGUCCGUUGUUGAAAGAAAAUUUGCGGAGGAAGAAAGGGAAAGAGUGGCUUAAGAUUUGUCACAUUCCCAAAAUAUUUAUAAACUGGAAAAUCAUCGAAUGAGUUGUUACAUCAAGGUUUUGGUUUCAUUUGGGGUUCAAAUUGAAAUUAAAUGCUGAAAAGGAUUGACAAUUCCAACAAGAUACAAGUCACAUUCUGAAAGAGGAUAUCAUAAAUGGGUUGCUCAACAAGUCUAAAAUUGUUGAUUCAAAGAUGAAGGAGAUUCAAAGAGAAGAAACAACAAAACAAGAGACAACAAUUGAAAGAAAGGUUUUAUGAGCUUGGAAUAGUAUGGAUGUCACAAACAAACAAUAUUGCAAGAAAGUGUUUGUAUCUCCUCUGAGGCAUUUAACCAAAUGUUUCACUCUCCAAGGCUACAACAUGGCUGUGACUAUUUUUUUAAGAAGAUAUCAAUUUCCAUUUGAUGUAUAUUUGUUUACACAAGUUCCAUGUGUUGUUAAAGCCAAAAUGAAGACUAUUGCCACUAGUGCAAGUAAUACAUGAGGGUCGGGAAGUGCCUAGUAAUUUUUAUGAAUUUUUUCCAAUACAACAAUAAUUAUGACUUUUUAUCCCUUCCUCAUUUUUUCAUGAGUUGUCUCUACUUUAAGUUUAUAUAUUAUAUGUUACUAUUACUUAUUGCAAAUUUAUCUUCUGUUUUUUUUUUCAGAUUUUGGAAAGGCGUUUGAUAAAAAUAUGUUGGAUUUUGGCAUCUCUUGUAGUAGGAAGGAGUUUGCUAAAGAGAUGAUGAUUUUGGCACAUAAAUCUUGAGAAUGAUCAUGAUCCCCUAUUUGCGAUUGUGGACUUUGGGAGAUGCUCUCAGACAAUAUUUGCUUGCUGCUUGGGAAUUUGUUGUAUUAUCAUGUAGUCACACCUAUGUCGGCCGUAAUGAUGAUCUCAAAAAGGAACAAUGGCUUUCAUGUAGGAAUUAUACAUUGGUAGGUGUUCCCUGUAACUUCAGUUUUGAUAGUUCAUUCAUGCUUUAUGAAAUGGACGACCAUUGUGGAAUGAGAGUUGCAGAGACUAAUGACCAUGGCGUUACUAUAGAAGUUGUUAGGCUAUAUGUUAGGGAAGAAAAUAUUUGCAUGGUUCAACAGUUUGGUUGCAUGCAGCUUCAUUAAGUUUGUAAAUCAAAGCCUAUAUAAAGGCAUCCAAGCUAUGCUUUGUAUAUUAUUAGGUUUGUAAAAUCAAAUACUAGUGAGAAAUUUCA